UAAAACCAAGAAUGUAGAGACUGAUAACAUUUAGACCAUAUCAUCUUCAGUCCUGACUGUUCCUGCAGAUUCAUUUCAUAUGGUUACUCCAUCAGCAAUGGAAAUGCUCUUCCUUCUGCUGCUUUUCUCAGGAUUCUGGCCAUUUUGCCAUGGCAUCUCAAAAGGAUUUGUUCUGAUCCAGCAGCAGAACACCUGGCAUGAGGCACAAGCUUACUGCAGACAGAAUCACACUGACCUGGCCACUGUUCUAAGCGAUGAUCCAAAUCUACAAGAAGCAAUAAACCCUGCAUUGACUUCGCUGGCUUGGACUGGACUGUACAGGGUUGGUAAUAACUGGUGGUGGAUUUACCUAAUGAAGAAAACGACAUUCACAUUUUGGAAGCCUGGAGAGCCAAACAACUUAAAUGGAAAUGAUGAAUGUGGUGUAAUCACUAACAGUGGAUGGAUUGACCUGCCAUGUAAUGAAAUGUGCCCCUUUUUUUGCUACAAUGUAAAUGGAACAGCACAGUUUGUUUUUAUCUCUGAUAUCCAGUUGAGUUGGCAUGAUGCUAUAAAUUACUGCCGACUGAAAUACACAGACCUGGUCUCCAUUUGGAAUCAAACUGAAAAUGACCAGCUUUUGCUGAUGAUGCAAGGAUUUGAUAGAGCAUGGGUUGGCCUGUACUGGGCGACUUGGAGUUGGUCAGAUAAAUCAAGUGGCUGGUUUAACUGGAUGACUGGACAGCCAAACCAGACUGGGCUGAACAACUCUUGUGGUGCUGUAGGUCCUGAUGCUCUAAUGGAUGAUCGGAUCUGCUCAGAUGCCCUACCAUUCAUCUGCCUGACUUGUACAAAGCAGAAGAUUGUGAGAGUGGAGGUGAACUCUGGUCAGAAUUUAAAUGAUCCUGCAGUGAUGGAGACCAUCUUGAAGUCAAUUAAACAGAAGCUGAAGGAUCAUGGGAUAGAACAGGACACAAGAUUGACAUGGAGAGUGCUACCGGGUGGAAAUGUUUUCUCACCAAAACAUGGCUGUGAAGAGAAUAUCAAGCAGAGAGACUGUUCAGAUUCUCUUUUUUAAAUAUAACAGUGACCACAUCUGAG